CAAGAAGAAAAAUUUUGGCGCGUUUGCAACGACGUUGACAGAGGCGUUGGAAACGUCAACUAAACGUAAACGUCAUCGUCGUGCGUAGUGACUGAACUUUUGGAGGGAAAAACUCUUGUCAGUCGAAAUUUGAGCGGGAUAACUCACAGACGUGUGCUAAGCAAGAAAGCAAACAGACCAGUCAGUAGUCAGUCAUUUGGUGAUUAUUACUUCAUACACAUGCAUAAAGAAAGAAAAAAAGAAAGAAGUAUUUUAUUAAAUUGGAAAUAAUUAGAAACUACCUUAACAAAAAUAAAGACAAGUAAAAACGCUUUUAAAAGAAAAUAAACUAAAGUUUUAAAACAAUUAAAUUAAAAGCAAUAUAAACAAUUAAAGUUAAACAAAAUGGCUCAACCUUCGAUAGCUGCCUUUUUUAAUACCAGGAAACGUGCUGCGGCUGAAGAUGUGGCCAGCAUUAAAAAUAGACGUCUUCUGGAUACAACAGAACCAACUAAACAAAAUAACACAACUACUGAUGCCACUAACAAUGAACCUUCCUCCCAACAACAAUUGCCCGAGCAACAUGAUGAUAUUGCAGCACUUAAGAAAAUGGGUAUGCGUACCCGUUCCACACGCUCUGCUGCAGUGGUCAAACGUAUUGGUGUCCAAGAUCCAGCGCAAAUACCCGACAGUGGUGUUUCACCCAAGAAAAUGUCCAAAAUUGAGGAAAGCAUUAAACAACAACAGAAAUUAGUGCAAUUUAUACAAAAGGGCCCCUUGUCGCCCCGUAAAAAGGCCACCGCUACCCCCAAAUCAAAUACAAGACAAAAAACUAAUGAGUUAACUCCCUCGAAUACCCUAAUUACGGCCUUUACCUCUAAAAAUAAUGCCAAUAAUGUAGAGAAAGGUUUAAAGACACCCACUAAACAAAUUAUUAAAGGUUCCAAUACCCCUCUCAAACAGGGUGAAAUAAAAACAAUGGUUAAGAAAGAAUUAAAUUUCGAAGAAGUUAAAACAAAAAUAACACGUAGUGCUAAACUACAAGAACUUAAAGCUUCGUUGGCUCGCAUCCAAGAGCUGGAAACACGCAAGGCCCAAGAGGAACGUAAUCGUAAACUGAAAGAGGGUCUUCUGUCGCCGGCUAAGAAAACUCCUGUAGUACAAUUGAAAGAAUUCGAUAAAAUUGAAUUGGAAGUUUUGACUAGCCCUUCAAAAACCUUUAAAACACCCACAAAACUACCACCCAAAACUCCAGACAAAAAUGAACUUAUGUCGCCACGUCACACCGAUGUCUCCAAGCGUGUACUCUUCAGUCCCGCCAAAAUGGGCUCACCUUCAAAAUGGUUGUACCGCCAGCCUAAUCAACGUUUCAUGUCUUUGGCUGAAAGCAGUAAAGCUGGUCAGCUACCUCUACCCUAUAAAUAUAGACAUUUAAUAGAGAUUUUUAAGGCCUUGGACUCAGUCUGUGCCAUGUUUCAUAAUCGCAAGGAAUGCAUAACAUUUAAGAAAUUAAAACCGGCGGUACAGAGAAUGAUGCGUAAGAAUUUCUAUGAAACACAUUUGGCUCAAAUCAAACAUCUCUAUCCCGAGGCUUUUAUUUUCACACAAAUGAAAAUGCGUAAUUAUGGUUCAGCCUCUAAGGCUGAUUACUUCCAAUUGGUUAUAGCACCCAAUGUAGAAAAUCUACCCGAGAAAUUGAAACUUAACAAGAUCGAUGAAGAUGAUAUUUUGGCUUCGGCUCAAAAUAAUUCCAUGAAUCCACAUGUUAUGACCGAAAGGUUACAGAAAUUCCAGAAUGCCUUAUUGGAAAAGGUGAAAAAUGAACAUGAUAAGUUCUUGAAAUCACUGGAUCCCCCUCUUUCUAUACCCAAGGAAAAAGUAACACGUUGGCAUCCAGAUUUCGAUUUGGAAAAUUGUCCCGAAAUAGAAUUGGGCCAUUUGCCACAACCACCAAAUGUAGAGAAAUAUUCAUCGGCCAAGGAUAUUUUAUCCACGGCCAGAAAUCUUUUCAACUGUUCCACACCCAUGGAAAGGGUAAUGGAAAGAUAUGAAGCUAAAUUGGAGGCUGACAAAGUAAAGGCUGAAAAUUUGAAGAAUGCAGAAAACACUAGCAGUACAGGAGAAACUAGUAAAACAAGUGAAACUACAAAAACUGCUGCAGCAACUGCAGUUACUAGUAAAACAGCUACAACAGCAGAAACUGCUAAGACACCAGCAGCAGAUGCCACCUCUACCCUCUUAAAGGGUGUACCCAAAUCGUUAUUAGAGAAAAUACGCGCCAAACAGGCAGCCAAAGCUUUAGAUGCUAUGACACGUAGACCUUCUCAGGAUCAGGAGGCUACUAAAUAUUCCCGUCUACAAUUGGCUCGUCAUUUACGCAAUGUUUUCAUUACCGAACGCAAAGGUGUUCUCACUCAAGAGAUUAUCAUUAAGAAAAUUCAAAAUAGUUUCCGUACCAGUCUAACGCCACAAGAAAUUGAAAAUCAUUUACAACUUAUGGCUAAAGAAGUGCCCGCUUUUGGCCUUCAUGAAGUACGCAAGACCAUGUAUUUGAAAAUUAACAAAGACAUGGAUUUAACUAAGAUCAUAGAACGUCUGGAAGCAGUGGCCAAUGAGAAAAGUAAAAUGUAGACAAUCACAUCAUCACUUGUACUAAUAAACUACUAAUAACCAUACAAAAGCCUAACUAACUGAUUUUUAACCCCCACCCCGUCAUUUUACCCUUAUUAAUAUUAGUAAUUAAAUAAUUUAAGUUUAAUAAAAACCUUAACAUUUGAAAUGUUCUCCAUUUAAUAUUUUUCUCUUUGGACUUGCUUAUUUUUAUUAUUAUUAUAAUUCCUACUUCUUAAGUUAUUUGUUAUACAUAUUAGUUAGUAAUUAUAUUAGUAUUAAACAUUUGUUUCAUUAUUUUAUUGCUACGGCGUUUGUCUAACUUCUAUAUUAGAAAAACAGCAAACAUUAUUUUAAUAAAAACAAUAAAAAUAAUUUGCUUAAUAUAA